AAGCAAUCCCUCUCACUGGUUCAACUGGCUGCCAGGUGAACUCGUCCUGGUUUGGUGGGUAUAUCUUAGAAAGUGACGUCAUGGUACAGCUGUGCGCCUCUUUUGCGUCACACUGUUCUAACAGAUUGCUGAUCGUCCCUCCUUUUCCCACACGGACCGGAACCAGGCAGCCUCACGUGGCAGUGGCUCCCUGGGCUGAGCUGCUGCUCAAAGCCCAUCAUGGCUGCAGGGGAUGCGGCCGCGCGGAGCGGAUCCGGAGCGGGGCUCUGCAGCGGGGCUCGGCUCUGUCAGACCCGCCCGCUGCUGACUUUGCUCUGCCUCUGCUCGCUGCUACCGGCGCCGGCGCGAUGCCUACUCGGCUUCCGUCCGGAGGAGACUGGAGCGGAGCUGUCCGUGGAGAGCGGGGUGCUGAAAGCCACUGAGGGGACUCGCUUCACGCUGCGUGUUUACUACUCCACCUCUCCGCACAGGCUCAACCGCACUGCGGGGAGCCGUGCCAACAAUGCCGCACCCUGGAUCGCCUUCAUCGAGGAGCCAAGUCCCGGGAGGGAGGGCCAAGUUCACCCUAAGAGGAACAUGUGCAUGGACAAGAACGCCAGGACGUCCGACAUCGAGGUUGUAGGUUCUUUCAAAUCUGCAUCCAGCAGGAACUCGGUCCUGGUGGAGCUGCUGGCUAAAGAUCUGCGGAGGGGCGAGAAGAUCAAGUACUACUCCCUGUGCUCGUUCGACGGGUCCAAGUGGGAACACUACCGGACUAGGGACUUCUGGGUGGCUGUGACCGAGAGCUCUGAAGUGACGGAAGUCUGGCUCCAAGUUCUGGUCUCCGUGCUGCUGCUCGGUCUGUCCGCUCUAUUCAGCGGGCUGAACCUGAGCCUGCUGGCGCUGGACCCCGUGGAGCUGCAAGUCCUCCAGAACAGUGGCACAGACAAGGAGCAGAAUUACGCACGGAAGAUCGAAUCCGUGCGUCGGCACGGUAACUACGUGCUGUGCACUCUCCUGCUGGGAAACGCGAUCAUCAACGCCUCGCUGGCCGUGUGGAUGUGUCAGAUCCUGGGCAUGACCUGGCUCUCCACAGUCAUCUGCGCCUUUGGCAUCUUCUUCAUCGGGGAGAUCCUUCCACACUCAGUGGCAUCGCGCCACGGUCUGGCCAUCGCGUCCAAGACCAUUUGGGUGACGCGGCUGCUGAUGGUGCUGUCCUUCCCCAUCUCCUACCCCAUCAGCAAGCUGCUGGAUCUCAUCCUCAACCAGGAGAUUUCUAACUUCUACACCAGAGAGAAGCUCUUGGAGAUGCUGCGCGUCACGGAUCCGUACCACGAUCUCGUCAAGGAAGAGCUGAACAUCAUCCAAGGAGCUCUGGAGCUGCGCACCAAGACCGUGGAGGACGUCCUGACUCCGCUGACCGACUGCUUCAUGUUGGCCUCGGACGUGGUGUUGGACUUUAACACCAUGUCUGAGAUCAUGCAGAGCGGCUACACCAGGAUACCCGUGUUUGAGAACGAGCGGUCCAACAUCGUGGACAUCCUGUUCGUUAAGGAUUUGGCCUUCGUGGACCCGGACGACUGCACCGCGCUGAAGACAAUCACCCAGUUCUACAAACACCCGCUGCACUUCGUCUUCAACGACACCAAGCUGGACACGAUGCUGGAGGAGUUUAAGAAAGGUAAAUCCCACCUGGCCAUCGUGCAGCGCGUGAACAACGAGGGCGAGGGCGACCCUUUCUACGAGGUGAUGGGGAUCGUUACGCUGGAAGACGUCAUUGAGGAAAUCAUCAAGUCUGAGAUCCUGGAUGAGACGGACCUGUACACUGACAAUCGCACAAAGAGACGCGUCUCGCAUCACGAGCGGAAGCAGCAGGACUUCUCCAUCUUCAAACUGUCUGAGAAUGAGAUGAAAGUGAAGAUUUCCCCUCAGCUCCUCCUGGCUACGCAUCGCUUUCUGUCUACAGAGGUGGAACCCUUCAAACCUUCUCACAUCUCAGAGAAGAUACUGCUGAGGUUGAUCAAACACCCUAGUGUUGUUCAGGAGCUCAAGUUUGAUGAGAAGAACAAACGAGCACAACAACACUUCCUGUUCCAGCGUAACAAACCCGUAGACCACUUCAUCUUGGUUCUGCAGGGUCGGGUGGAGGUAGAGUUUGGAAAGGAGGCUCUGAGGUUUGAGAACGGAGCCUUUUCUUACUUUGGAGUACCUGCCAUCACGCCAACAGUCCACAGGUCCCCAUCCCGCAGCAGUGGGCUGGACCGCUCUGAGUCGAUGCUGUACGGAGGAAGCAUGAGCCAGCUGAAUGGAGGGGCGAAUGUCUACCUGCCUGAUUACUCUGUCAGGCAACUCACUCACCUGCAGGUCAUCAAGAUCACUCGCAGCCAUUACCAGAACGCAGUGACAGCGACCAGGAUGGACAGCUCCCCUCAGACACCUGAUGCUGAAAUCUGCCUGACUGAGGCUGACACCCCAACACCGGAGCACCCAGCCACAGAGCGUGCCACCACACUCACGGCCCCCAUGCCAACCACAGCCACGCUCAUGCCCCCACCCAGAGAAACCAGCCGGCCCAGCUCGGCCCGAACAAGAGGACAGCAGUCCAGCGUCCCACACAGCACCUCCCUGCUGAAUGAAAAGAACCGGAUUGUCCGGAGUAAGUCUGAUGGUCAGAAGAGUCCCAGUGAUUCCGUGUUCCUCAGGAUGGACGAGAUCCCCUACAUCAGAGAGGACCGUUCUGAGAUGGAGACACACGCCGACAUGUCCUCUGUUCCCAUGGAAACGGAUAUGUCCCCCUUCAUCAGCAGCCUGUCACUGAGUGGCUCAGAGGAAACAUUGGGAAAGAAGCUGCUGCUUAAACUCAGUCAGUCACACACACACACACAUACACACACUUCCUAUCGCUCAAACAUCUGUCAGCACAUGGGAGCGUAUAACCUAAAUCAGCAUUUGGUUGUCAUGGUGACCAUGACUUAGCAUCUGCUUUAAGAAUUAUAGAAUGACAAACUUUGAAAGCGUGGCCGCAUGAAGCUCAACAUAUUGUGUGGAGGAUGUAGGAUAAUAUUAAAAAUGAAUGAAAUGAAACUUCACUGGUAGCUGUGAUCACAUGAAUGAAGCAGAAAGCAGAUUAGAUUUCUGAGCAGAUGGCCUUUAUUUAUAUAAUUGUACAGUUUUACAGCCCCCCAAAGCACUUUACCACAAAACAGUUGUUCACCCUUUCACACACUGAUGGUGAUGAGCUACAGUGUAGCCACAGCUGCCCUGGGGCACGCUGGGUGAGGCUGCCGUGCACAGGCACCACCCGUCCUUCUGACCACCACCAGCUGUCAGGUUGUUAUUCUUCAUCUUAGUCUUGGAGAAAAAGCAUGUUUUUUAAUUAUUACAAAUCCAAUUAUAUAAUAAUAGAAUAAUGCAUUUUAUUUGAUUAGUUGUCUUGUUUUUGCAGGCCACAAAAAAAGGAAAAAGUCUCAUGAAGGAGAGAAGACACCAGAGGACACUUCAGAGCAGCCGCUGGUGAAAACCUAGCAGGGUGAAUCUGAAGCAGAGCCCACCAGCUGAUGAACGGCUGCAGAUGGACGGCUAUGAGAGUUUCAGCCGGAGCUGCUGGACACCGUAAAGCCAACCCAUUCCUGUUGGUGGAGGCUGCAGCAGGGCUUUGAGCUUGUCUUCUUCGAUGCUCCAGAAGGUCCACGUUGAUACUCUCCUAUAAAAGAAUGACCAUGAAUGUAAAGGGAAGACGUGCAUGUCUUUAUACACGCUGUCCAUCCUUCAUGGGGCUGGACGGACUGUCAGGACAGAAGACAGAGAAAAGACACCAAAGACGUCGCUGUUUUGUACAGAAACGCCCACCUGAUCACCAGGCGUCUCAUUUAUGCACUAAACAAGUCUAGAGAUCGCACGUGUUACUUUCUGCACAAACUUUGUGAUUUAUAAAUAAAACUUGACAGGAAAAUGUGGCGACUUAAGUUAUCUAAUCUAAUCUGAAAGCUAGGCUCACUUUGACAAUCUCGGCUCCAUUCCUCCAAAUUCCGUUCCAGGAGAGGAGCUAACCGGAAGCCCCGCCCAUUCACCACGGUGACACAUGCUUGUGGGCCCGCCUGCGCCAUGGCAAGCUGCGAGGCUUGUUUAAACUUGGUGAAUGUGAUUGGACGAGCAUGUGAUGUCACAGAGUACAUCCCCUUUUUUCUUCUAUGAUGGAUGUUGGCAGUUGGCAGCAACAAGGUGGAGCAUUAGCGCCACCGCUAGCCCACAGCGACUCUGCAGCUUUAUUUUGGAUGGCUAAAUUAAAUAAUAAAUGUGGGUUUUAAUCUUUUUAAAUUAAAUUCUAGAUCAUUUUUAAUUCAAUCCCAUGUUCUACACACCCACCUGCUGACAGAAAUGGACAACGCAAAGUACCUUAAGAAGUACCCUGCAUAAAAAAACGCUAAUCUGUGACAUUUCACGGGUAGCUCCCAGAUCAAGGAGGACAAAAAAAGAACAUAAAAAUGUGGCAAAGAGGAAAAUGGCAGUGACAGCACCCAAAAUGGCUGCUCAGGGGUUGCUGAGAUAAUCUAGAUCAGAGGAAAAAAUUGGGAUUUUAGGCAGGAAUGCCAAAUGUUGUUCAUCAAAGCAAGCAAACAUCAGCCUGUCGGUUAAUUCCCGCUGGUUGCAGCGCAGGAAACUCCGAGUGCGGUCUCCCCGUCGCGACUAAGCUGUAAGAGUUGAUUUAAGGUUGAUUACCGCCCUGGUGGGUGCACGUGCCAGACAGUUCACGGCCCAAUACAUAAUCACAUACGGCAACAUAGUGACAUCUUUACAUUUAUUUACAUGUAUACAGUUUUUUCAGUUAAUAUUUUUUAUUUGCAGUUCAGAACCGGGAGGGGGGGGGUGCAUGUGUGCAGAAGUCUUCAAGUCUGAAACCGUGUCUUAAAUUCACCCGUCACUGUCUCGAUGCUGCCCGUUGUUCAAUCUCCAAAAUGUGCUCCCAUCAGGGUCAGAGUUUCCUGUUAAGUUUUACUUUAUGAAUCUACGUGUUUGUGUAUAAAAGGACUUAUGCAACAUGAAGAACUCUGAUUCUGAAGAACUUGUUUUGUGUGUAAGCAAUCUUUAGGAAUGAGGCCCCUGAGCACAUCUCUAGGACAUAUGGGAUGUGUAAAGCAGGAACUGCGUGCAGCUGUAUUUCAGCAGUUUGCUGAUUUCAAGUUUUAGUAAAGAUCCCAAAAAGUUUAAAAAGGAGGCGCCGGGACAUUGUCCAGGUUGUGUGGAGAUUAGUUCUCACAACCGUCCAGGAGCUUCAGUCCAGACACCUCUCUUUGUUUUAGCAGUCAACCAACCUGAAAUUCAGGUUGUCCAGAUUUUAUAUGGAUUUAUAUAAGUUUCCACCCUUCAAAUAUGCAGAUUGACAAUAAAUGUCCAAACACA